AUUGCUUUAAGACAAAAAGUUCUGAAAUGAGCCUUUGUCUGUAUCGGAAGCUACAAAUCGGAAGCUAGCUUCACCCCCUUGGCCUCUCCAACCGUUGAUUCUCUUUAUCACAGUACUUGUUUUGUCUGUGCGUACAAGGCCAUGAAUCUCGCAACGCUAACCGUUUUCUAGACCGGAACGAGUUUUUAACGUCAUGUUGCUACUAAAACUACCCAUCGGCUGACUCCGAUGAGUUUAUCGCCUGUCCCCGAUUGCAACCUGCUGGCAGAAGAUUUGCUCCAGAAUGAGACGCCUGCUGCUGAACUGUGCAGUCAUUGCUCCUAAAACGUUUUGGGCCGUGUGGUUGGUUGCGUCUCCGUUUAGAUUUAAAAGCCGGGCAUUUAUGCUGUGUACCCCCUCUUUGCAGGGGGACACCGUUUGCAAUGGGACGCACAGCAAAAAGUUGCUGCUGUCAGACCCUGAGGCGUUUGAUGCCAAGUUCGGGGAGCUGGUGACAGAGCUGACAGACAGGAACCUCCAGGAUCCUGGGCUGGCUUACGCCCUGAAUAGGCUGAGAGAGAUUUUGAUUUACAAUGUUCCUGGAGGUAAGAAGAACCGAGGAUUGUCGGUGAUUGGCUCCCUGAGAGAGCUUCUUCCACCCUCCCAGCUCACCCAAGAUACUCUGCAGCAAGCUCUGAUGGUUGGCUGGUGCAUUGAGAUGCUUCAAGCAUUUUUCCUCAUGGCAGAUGACAUCAUGGAUGCAUCUGUGACUCGGAGAGGACAGCCCUGCUGGUACAAGAGGGAUGGAAUAGGCCUGGAUGCAAUAAAUGAUUCUUUUCUGGUCGAGUCAUCAAUAUAUAGACUACUUCGGAAGCAAUGCAGGGAUCAGCCCUAUUAUGUCCAUUUGCUGGAGCUUUUUAAUGAGACCACUUUCCAGACUGAACUGGGUCAGGCAUUGGACCUCAUGACGGCUCCACCUGAUCAGAUUGACCUGAAUAGAUUUACCAUGGAAAGGUAUAAAACCAUUGUGAAAUACAAGACUGCCUUUUACUCCUUUUAUCUGCCAGUGGCUUCUGCAAUGUACAUGGCAGGAAUUAACAGUGACGAGGAACACAAUAACGCCAAACACAUCUUACUGGAGAUGGGAGAGUUCUUCCAGAUACAGGAUGACUUCUUGGACUGUUACGGUGACCCUGCAGUAACUGGAAAGAUCGGGACAGACAUUCAGGACAACAAAUGCAGUUGGUUGGUGGUGAAAGCUCUGGAAGUGAUGACCCCUGAGCAGAAAUCAGUUCUGGAGGCUUGCUAUGGGCGCAAGGAUGAAAGCAGCGUGGCAAAGGUCAAAGAGCUGUACAACGCCCUACAAAUGCCGACGCUGUAUCACACGUACGAAGAGGAGAGCUACCAGCGGCUGCAGAAACUCAUCGCUCAGCACGCUCAGAGCCUUCCUCACUCCGUCUUCCUCAACUUCGCCAAGAAGAUCUACAAGAGGAACAAGUGAAGGGUGGAGCCAGCUGGCGAACGGCACAGAAAAGAACUGUAACCGGGGUGGGAAAAAGGUCCUCUUGCUUUUUGAAGACGGAGACGUUUCAGACCAAUCUGAUCUGAACAGAAACUCCUGAAGUAGGUUUUUAGUGAGGUAUAAAUGGUUGGUUAUGAAUGUCAUCGAACCACGUUAUUUGCUGAGAAAGGGGCUUAAUUACCUCACAAGAUUCUCAACAAGGUGUUUUUUUUUAAUUGAAAACAAUGUUAAGUAAAGAGUAAUCCUUGUUUUGGGUUCAGGAAAGGGCAAUGCAUGAGUGAAAGCAGGUAUAUCCUGGGACAUAAUAUUAUUUUUUUUAUAGUGUUUUUAUAAAGUAGCUAAUGGCCUCAAUGUAAUUGCAUUAAUAAAUUAUUUAAAAUCUG